AUGGCUGUCAGAAUCGCUUCUUCAUUAAAAAAUGCGUCACUCGGCAGCACAAAGACAUACUGUCGUACCGUAUUAAACCCACGGUCAUCUUUUAUAGAUGUCACUCAAUCAUUGAAUGAUCUCAAAAGCACCAAGAAGUUGGAUUUUGAGCCCAAAUCACUCCUAUUAUUUAGCACUCCCCAAUACUCAAAACAGUUAGUUUCGAAAUUGGUGGACCUAAAAGAGUCUUCAAUGGAUUUGCAGAUCUUGUACGCAUCUGUUGACUGUAUUGCCCCUUUUUCUUCUCGUAAUGGGAUUUCUGAGUUAUGGCUCAGCAAUAGAAUGUCAAUACCAACAUCCAGGUCUAUUGAAGAAGUGAAAUCAGAGCAGGAGAAUACCCCUGCUUCUAAACCAGGAAGAAUAAUCAGCACAAAGAGUGAUGAACAUUGGGAUCUAAGCUCGAAUAGUAACUUGCUGUUGAAUGUUCCUUUCAUUCCAAGAAAUUUGAUGCAUCACCAUUCUCUACCUCAAACUUUGACCAAAAUCAAGUUCCAACUAGGAUCAACGAUAUUUCAUAACUCAGAUCUCUUUACCACUUGCUUCUACUUUGUAUCCCAGAAAGAAAGAAAGACUUUGAGCAGGUUGGAUAUGAAAACAUUCGAUUAUAUCAAACAUUAUCUUGAUAAUGAUGGCAAGUACUUGCAUGAUUUAGAAGUCGCUCUUCCACCAUUGAUCUUACCUUCUAGAAAUUUAUCUAUGGACAAUUAUAAUAAUUUGAAACCUAUAGAUUUAGGCGAUGAUUUAAGAAUUUCGGAGUUGACUGGCAAUCUUGUGAGAAAAAUCAAUGGCAAACCUGCAUCCUCAGUUAUACAAGAUGACAAGAAGCUCAUGUCACAGAUGAAUAAAGACAGUAGAAUCUAUGUCACUAUCGAAAAUGACGAUGAGGAGGAAAUGAGAAGAAGAUUCGAAGUAAUUGCCGGGGGAGGUGCAUGGGGAGCUAAAGCUGAUACUUUAGCAAUUGAUCCUGAGGCCUUAGAGUUCAUGAGAGUUGGUACCAAGUUAUCGUUUUUCUUGUACCAAACAGGAGAAAAAUCCUUGAAACAGGAGAAUGAGGAGAAAAUGAAAAUAUUCUUUCCUGAGGGGUUAGACUCAUGUAAUGGAGUCCUUGCCGAAAAAAGUGGCCCACAAGAGGGCUAUAAUGCUGAUAGCGGUAUUGCUGAAGGAGAUGCUACAAUGAUUUUGGAAAAUGUGUUCGCUUUUGGCAGCGAGAAAAAGCUAACUGUAAACGACAUUAACCAUGAUUCUGACGGUGAGGUUAUAAGGUUUAGAGUAUAA